CUCUUGGGUCAGUCCUUUGACGUCUAUACUUAUGGACGGUUGUGGUCAAAUAUUUUACUGUGAUUAAAUAUUUUAUAGCUACUUAAUUUUUUUUACUGCUUUGAUCAGCUGGUUGUUAUACGCAAUCAUGCUGUUCCUGAUAUGGAGCGUGGUGCUACUUGUGGCACUGGCGCUGUACUUCCGCCAAUUGUACUCAUUCUUCCACAAACGAGGAGUCAAGAAUGAACUCGUCAUGCCCUUCUUUGGUGACAUGUUCAAAGUCGUACUGCACAUGGAGCAUACUGCUGAAAGUAUCAGUAAAACGUAUAAAAGAUUUCCAGAGGAAAGGUUCGUUGGCAGAUUCGAGUUCAUUAGGCCUUUGCUAGUAGUGCGAGACAUAGAGCUGAUCAAAAAAAUAUCCAUUAAGGACUUCGAGCACUUCUUAGAUCACCGCGUCUUCAUCGACAGCGACAACGACCCGCUGUUUGGAAGGAAUCUCUUCUCAUUAAGAGGUCAAGAAUGGAAGGAUAUGCGAUCGACUUUGAGUCCAGCGUUCACCAGCUCCAAGAUGAAGCUGAUGCUGCCCUUCAUGGCGGAAGUCGGAGACCAGCUGGUGCAUACUCUUAAAGAUAGUAUUAAAAAGAGUAAUACGCCGUAUCUGGACCUGGAUACAAAGGACCUGUGUACCCGCUAUGCCAACGACGUCAUCGCCACAUGUACAUUUGGUCUGAAGGUGGACUCGCUCUCGGAACCUGAUAACAAUUUCUACAAGCAGGGCCUCAUCGCCGCGACCUUCAAGUUCAAGCAGCUGCUCUUGUUUUUUUUGGGUUCUGCAUUCCCUUGGAUAGUGAAGAGACUUAACAUAAAGCUAUUCUCGGAGCAAACAAGCAGCUUCUUCAAAAAUCUGGUGCUACAGACGAUGGAAGAUAGGGAGACACGAAAUAUACUGAGACCAGACAUGAUCCACCUGCUCAUGGAAGCUAAGAAAGGAAAAUUGACCCACGAAGACAAAGCCGCUGCCGACCCUGAUGCAGGCUUUGCUACAGUCGAGGAGUCUUCCGUCGGCAAGAAGGAGGUAAAUAAAGUGUGGUCAGAUACGGACUUAGUAGCCCAAGCUAUAUUGUUCUUCAUCGGUGGCUUCGAGACAGCAGCAUCUGCUAUAACCUUCCUUCUGUACGAGCUGGCAGUCAACCCUGAUGUGCAGGAUAAACUAGUGCAAGAGAUCAAAGACUUUGAUUCGAAGAAUGAAGGAAAAUUGGACUAUAAUGAUAUUCAGCGUAUGACGUAUAUGGAUAUGGUGGUUUCAGAAAAUCUAAGAUUAUGGACUCCAGCUGUUAUGAUGGACCGCAUCUGCACCAAGGACUGCAACUUGGGCAAACCUAAUGACAAGGCUACAGAAGAUUAUAUUAUCCACAAGGGCGAGGGUCUGAUGAUCCCAGUAUGGUCAAUCCAACGUGACCCACAGUACUUCCCCGACCCUGAGAAGUUCGACCCUGAGAGAUUCUCAGAGGAAAACAAGCACAAAAUCAAGCCGUUCACUUACAUGCCCUUUGGACUCGGUCCAAGAAAUUGCAUCGGCUCACGCUUCGCCCUGUGUAAAGUGAAAGUGUUGGUAUACCAGCUGCUGCGUCACAUGGAGGUGGUUCCAGGACCCAAGACUCGCAUCCCUGUGCAACUGGAUCCGGAGACAUUCAACCUUAGGAUGAAGGGUGGACACUGGCUGAGAUUUAAAGUUAGGCAGAUCAUGUUACUCCUGAUCUGGGUUGUGGUGCUGGUGGUAGCACUGAUGCUAUACUUGCGACAUGUGUACUCCUACUUCGAUCGAAAAGGAGUCGCCACUGACAACGUGUCUCCUUUCUUCACAUCUACGCUGAAGAUCAUCUUUCGCAUAGAACACUUCACUGACAUUAUCAACAAGAGCUACUCGGCUUAUCGGGGAGAGAGAUUCGUGGGCAAAUUCGAGUUCUUAAAGCCUGUGCUGUUAUUGAGAGAUCUAGAGCUAAUCAAGAAAGUUACUGUUAAAGACUUCGAACAUUUUCUCGACCACACCACCACGGUAGACCCCAACCAGGACCCGGUAUUCGGCAGAAACCUCUUUUCUUUGAAAGGUCAAGAAUGGAAGGACAUGCGGUCGACCUUGAGCCCAGCGUUCACCAGCUCCAAGAUGAAGUUGAUGCUGCCCUUCAUGGUGGAAGUCGGAGACCAGAUGGUGUUUAAUCUUAAGAAGAGUAUUAAAGAGAAUAACAAUCCAUUCCUGGAUGUAGAUGCAAAAGACCUGACGACUCGCUUCGCCAAUGACGUCAUCGCCACAUGUGCGUUCGGUUUGAAGGUAGACUCCCACGCAGACAAGGACAACGAGUUCUACAAGCAGGGUCUCAUGACUACAACCUUCAAGAUAUCACAGCUGAUCUUCUUCUUGCUGUCGGUUGCAUUGCCUAAGCUGGGAAAAUUGUUCAAAAUAAAGCUUUUUACGGAAAAAACACGCAACUUCUUUGAGAAUCUGGUGACACAGACAAUGGAGGAUCGGGAGAAGCGCAACAUUAUCAGACCAGACAUGAUCCACCUCCUCAUGGAAGCUAAGAAAGGCAAGCUGACCCACGAUGAGAAGGCGUCUGCCGACCCUGACGCAGGCUUCGCUACCGUCGAAGAAUCUGCUGUCGGAAAAAAGGAGAUCAACAGAGUGUGGUCAGACACAGAUCUUAUUGCCCAAGCGGUGUUGUUCUUCGUGGCUGGAUUUGAGACAGUCUCGUCAGCCAUGACCUUCCUGCUUUACGAGCUGGCUGUAAACCCUGACGUCCAGGAGAGGCUGGCUCAGGAGAUUAGGGAGACAGCGGCCAGGAAUGCUGGGAAGUUUGACUACAACGACAUACAGCGUAUGACUUACAUGGAUAUGGUGGUUUCGGAGGUCUUAAGGCUGUGGCCCCCAGCUGUCGCCACUGACCGUUUGUGUGUCAAGAACUAUAACAUGGGCAAACCCAACGACAAAGCCACUCAAGAUUUCAUCCUCCGCAAAGGCGAAGGUCUCCAGAUACCGAUGUGGGCUAUCCAUCGUGACCCAGAGUACUUCCCCAACCCUGAUAAGUUCGACCCUGAGAGAUUCUCAGAGGAAAAUAAGCAUAACAUCAAGCCGUUCACGUACUUUCCAUUUGGACUUGGCCCGAGAAAUUGCAUUGGCUCACGGUUCGCGCUGUGUGAAGUGAAGGUGAUGAUAUACCAGCUGCUGCUCCACAUGGAGGUGACUCCAGGACCCAAGACCACGAUUCCAGCGCAGCUAGAUCCAGCCUCCUUCAACCUCAGGCUAAAAGGGGGACAUUGGCUGAGGUUCAAAAUUAGGGAAUAAACUGAAGAAAAUAUCAAUUGGAGACAAUAUUUCUUUCUCACCAGGACAACAUUGAUGCUUUUGUAUUUCUGUGAUUCAUUAUUUUUUUAAUAAAGGCGCAAGUUUA